AUGAGACAUGAUAUUGAUAUUAUAACAGAGCAAUUUUAUUUUAUCAGUUUAGAGGAGUUUUACAUCUGGAAAAGUAAUGAGGAAACCAAAACACAUGAACUAUUUAUAAAUGCAUAUGGAACCAAUAAAAAUAAAAAAUUUAAUAGCACAAAAUAUAAAUGCCAUCGCUCUGGAUUUUACAAACCUAAAGGAAAUAAUUCGCACCAUUUAAAAACCCAGGGCUCAAAAAAAAUUGAUGGCUACUGCCCUGCAGAAAUUUCUGUUAAAGAGGAAAUCGAUGGAAGGAUUGAAAUCCAAUAUAUAAGAACGCAUGUAGGACAUACUACUGAUAUGGGUCACCUAAUUUUAAAUAAUACUGAAAGGAGUAAUUUGGCUGUACAACUUGCAGCUAAAAUACCAUUUGAACAGAUUUUAGAUGAAGUCAGGGAAUCAAUGAGUGGUACUUUGGAGAGGUGCCACCUUCUAACAAAAAAGGAUUUAUGUAAUAUAGAAAGAAGUUUUAACCUAAAUAAUGAAGCCCGUAGACACAGUAAUGAUGCGAUAAGUGUAGAUGCCUGGGUGAAAGAAAUUGACAACACAGGAUGUGUUUUAUUCUACAAAGCUCAAGAAGAAUGUUGCAAUAAAUACCCUUUAUUAAAAAAAGAUGAUUUUGCAUUGAUAAUUAUGAAUCAAGGUCAGCUUGAAAUGUUAGAUAGAUAUGGUGAUGACUGUAUUUGUAUUGACGAAACUUUUGGCUUAAAUAUGUAUGGAUUUAACCUCACUACCAUAUUAAUAUUGGAUGAUAUGCGUGAAGGUUUUCCAUGUGCUUUUCUGAUUUCAAACCGAUCUGAUGAACAUAUGAUGCAAAUAUUUUUUAAGUCUGUAAAAGAUCAUUCGGAAAGAUCUUUGAAACCAAAGGUCUUUAUGACAGAUAUGGCUCCAGUUUUCUAUAAUGCUUGGAUUAUGAUAAUGGAAAUGCCUCUCCAUAGACUUUAUUGCGCUUGGCAUUUGGAUCGAGCUUGGCUUACCAACUUAAGCAAAAUAAUUUCAAGAGAAAAGCAGGUGGCAGUAUAUAAAAAACUUCGGACAUUACUCCAGGAAACAGACAAGAAUGCAUUUUCCACAAUGAUUAGUACCUUUCUAACGAAUUUGUCAGAAGAUCCAGAUACUACAGAUUUUGCUAAUUAUUUUGAAAAAUACUACACCCAAAAUAUUGCUUCAUGGGCCUACUGCUACCGAAUGGAUACUGGCAUUAACACAAAUAUGCAUAUAGAGAAUAUGCAUCGUAGUAUAAAGUAUAUUUACUUAAACGGAAAAAUAAAUAAGCGCCUUGACUAUGUUAUUUAUAUUUUAAUGAAGUUUGUCAGAGACAAGCUAUUUAAUCGUUUAAUUGUCUUAAAUAAGGGAAAAGUUUCCAGCAAAUUAAAAGAAUUAAGAACUAGACAUAAAACCAGUGAAACCUUAAAUGUGUCUUCAGUAAUAGUAACACAAAUGAUCUAUAUCAAAUUGAAGAACGGCAGAUAG